GGCUCAUCUUGUUGGCCACCUCGGUUUUCGCCUAUAUAGCCCAGAGAGCGCGCCGGUUAACUCGCAAGGAGGCAGAAGCACCAAGUAUCGUCUCCUCGGUCGGGCAGUUGACUGGUAGCUGCCGCAUUGCAUUCGUGGACAGGAGAGAUCAUCGAUCAUCGAUCGAUGGCUUCCUGUGCUGGCGGUGGCGAUGAGCCGCUGACGGACGCGCUGCUGGCGAGGGCGGGCAGCGGCGACAAGGAUGACCUGGAGGAGAUCCACAGCGUGUCGGCGUUCCUGCGCUGCGCGGCGGAGGAGAACCGGCGGCUGUGGUGCCUGGCCGGCCCGGCCAUCUUCACGUCGCUGGCGCAGUACUCGCUGGGCGCCAUCACGCAGGUCGCCGCCGGCCACCUCACCACGCUGGAGCUGGACGCCGUCUCCACCGAGAACUCCGUCGUCGCCGGGCUCGCCUUCGGGAUCAUGUACGGCAUGGGGAGCGCGCUGGAGACGCUGUGCGGGCAGGCCUACGGCGCCAAGAAGCUCCCCAUGCUCGGCGUCUACCUGCAGCGUUCCUGGCUGCUGCUCACCGCCACGGCCGUCUGCAUGCUCCCACUCUACCUCUUCGCCACCCCGAUCCUCAGGUUCUUCCACCAGGACGACCAGAUCGCCGUCAUGGCCGGCCGCUUCUCGCUCUACAUGGUCCCGCAGCUCUUCGCGUACGCGCUCAACUUCCCCAUCCAGAAGUUCCUGCAGGCGCAGAGCAAGCUGAUGGCCAUGGCGGCAGUGUCGGCGGCGGCGCUGGUGCUCCACGUCGCGCUCACCUGGUUCCUCGUGGUGCCCAUGCGGAUGGGCCUCGUCGGCCUCGCCGUCGCGCUUAACGCGUCGUGGUGGUUCGUGGUGCUCGGCCAGCUCGCCUACAUCGUCAUGGGUUACUGCCCCGGCGCAUGGAACGGCUUCGAGUUGGACUCCCUCGCCUUCACCGAGCUCUUCAGCUUCGCCCGCCUCUCCAUCGGCUCAGCAAUCAUGAUCUGCUUGGAGUUCUGGUUCUACAUGUUCCUGAUCGUGAUCGUGGGCAACCUUCCCAACGCUCAGGUCGCCGUCGCCGCGGUCUCCAUCUGCACCAACCUGUUCGGGUGGCAGAUCAUGGUGUUCUUCGGAUUCAAUGCAGCCAUCAGCGUGAGGGUGUCGAACGAGCUGGGCGCGGGGCGUCCGCGGGCGGCGAGGUUUGCGAUCGCGGUGGUGCUCAUGUCGUCCGUGGCCAUCGGGGUGGCAUUCUUCGUGGCCGUCCUGCUCCUCCGCGACGUCUACGGCGCGCCCUUCACGGAGAGCCCCGAGGUGGUGCACGCCGUGGCCAGCCUGGGCGUCGUCUUCGCCUUCACGCUGCUGCUCAACAGCGUCCAGCCCGUGCUGUCCGGCGUGGCCGUCGGCGCCGGGUGGCAGUGGCUGGUGGCCUACAUCAACCUGGGGUGCUACUACGGGGUCGGCAUCCCGGUCGGGUACAUGAUCGCCUUCCCGCUGCGCCGCGGGAUUCAGGGGAUGUGGGGCGGCAUGCUCACCGGGGUGGGCCUGCAGACGGUGAUCCUGAUCGCGAUCACCAUGCGCACCAACUGGAACAAGGAGGCAAGCGAGGCGAGCUCCAGGAUACGGCAGUGGGGUGGUGGCGGUGGUGCAUCGCCCAGGAUCCCGGACAGCUUCUAGCGCCUCUGCCUGUUUCUUGGUGGCCAACCGAAUUAUUUAAAUCAUGUGCGUGUUAGGCGAGCUAUAACCAAAACUGGUCCCGUGGGCAGUCCCUCUUGUCCCGUUUGUGUUUUCUUGUCGACAACACGCAACACCGCAAGGUCCUUGCGCCGUGUUAUGAAUGAAGACGGAAAAGGAAAAGGUUCCAGGA